AUGUUUGGACCGAUUAGUAUGAAUAGACAUCAUCUGACACAACAUCCCGACGCCUUUCCGGACGUGCCGUGGAUGGAGUGCUCGCAUACGGGCUGUGAGUAUAGGAAUAAAUACAAGCAGGAGAUGAAAGCCCACGAGAUGUGGCACACGAAGCCGUUUGUUUGCGACCAAUGCGGGCAUACCUUCGCAACCAAUUACCUCUUAGGGAAACACAUGUCAACACACGACCCGUCCCUCAAAGUGCGGUGCGAAUGGCCCGGAUGUGACAAAUCGUUUGUUUAUGAAACCCAGUUGAAGAAACAUAUGAAUACACAUACGGGAGAGACUGUCUACCCGUGCAAAUGGCCAGGGUGUGAACGGACAUUCCUAUCAAAGUCCUAUCUCGGAGUUCAUGAGAUGAGACACAAAGGUAUACGUGUGGGUCAUCUCAAGUGUCAAUGGACUGGAUGUGAGUAUAGGACUCACGUUAAGGCAACUCUUGCGAGACAUGUCUUAAACACUCAUCAGAAUGGGUCUGAAGUCGUGUCCAAACGUAUGACAAAUGAAUGCAAUCUUAUGGACAGACGUGUGAAGAGACCGAAGAAAUAA